AUGCUGUCGGACGCCUGCUGUGGUGCAACGAAGCAACAGGCAGGAACAAGAACCGAGACUGGGGCACGCGGAGAACCGACGAGGUCGUGCCCCCAACCGGGCUUCUGGUGGAACGCUCGUGUGCGACGGCGGGACUGGUUCUUGUUUUGUGUUGCGGUAACAGCAAGCGAGCUGGGGAGCCAAGCACUGAAGCCAAGUACAUACUGGAUCCAGGUAGCCCUCUCGGUGGCCCCUCUAGGUAGUAAGGUGGUGGAUAUCUAG